UAAAAAAGACUUAAAUGUCCAAAUUUGCGAUGUGUGAUUAAAAACCACAGUUUGCAAAAUUUUGAGUCAUUUCGCCCCUCUGAAUGCUGUCUCGGGGUUUAAACUGAUCCAAAAUUGACAAGCUGAUGGUUUUCGUUUACGUAAAUCGCGAAUUUGGACAUUAUUGAUCGCGUGUUUUGUCAGGCCAAGAUGCUGAGUCAGGAAUUUGUUCCUUUCUCCAGAAAAAAACAUGAGAAAUUCAAAAUUAACAAGCUUUCCAUGUGAACAAACUCAUAGUUCACUACAGUUUUCAUGGUCAUGGCUCGCAGUAAACGUGGAACCAUGAGCUAGUAUGCUUUUUUUUGCAUGGCUUGGAUCCAGAUGUGCUUAAACCCAGAAAUAACUGGUUAUCUUUUAGUUAUAUUUAUGGUGAUGGAGUGUUCUAUUGUUUAUAAAUUAGUCUUAUGGAAAGAAUUCUCCAGGCAAAAAUGAAGAUGCUUUGUCUGUGUGUUCAUAUGCUAUUAACGGUGGUUGCAGCUGGAGGCAGUGACAGUCUUUCAUUUGCCACUGCCACUAGAGUUUUUCCGAGUCACUGUGGACGACAUCGGUGCUCUCACGGGCAUCGCGGCCGUCGACCACCCUCCCGUGGAUAUCCACCACCGACUUCAGCUCCACCGCCAUAUGGCUAUCCGCCCCCUGCUCAAUAUCCACCGCCGUCGCAAUAUCCGCCACCCAGCCCUAGGUAUCCGCCAACCCCAACGCCACCUUCUCAUCGACCACCACCCGUCCGAACACCACCACCUUCACAUGAAUGUCCACCGCCCACCCAAAAGCCACCUUCUCAUCAUCCACCACCCACUCAAACACCACCACCUUCACAUGAAUGUCUGCCACCCAUACAAAAGCCGCCUUCUCAUUGCCCACCACCUGCUCAAUCGCCUCCUUAUGGAUAUGCACCACCUCCGACUCAAACUCCACUUUCUCAUCAUCCACCACCCACUCAAAUGCCACCUCCUUAUGGAUAUACUCCACCUCCUAUUCAAAGACCACCUUCUCAUGGAUGUACACCCCCACCUUUUCAUUGUCCCCCACCAAAUCAAAGGCCUCCCCCGCAUGGAUACACCCCUCCUCAUCAUCUGCCACCCAUUCAGACGCCUCCUCGCUAUGGAUAUGCUCCGCCGUCACAAGGACAUCCGCCACCAAGACAAAUGCCACCUUCCCAUGGAUAUACACCACCACCGCCUUACAGAUAUUCUCCACCACCACCUUACUUAUAUUCUCCGCCGCCAUAUGUAUAAGGGCACAAGUCCACACCUUCUACAAUGAUUGUGUGGAGUAUGAUAAAUGAGUAAAACUAUUUUCUCAUCAGCAGUGAAGUGUCAUUUAUAUACGAUGCAUGUGUACUUAUGUUGUUUAUUAGUAUAUGUCAAGUGUUAUAUAUCAACAACACUCUAAUGAUUAAUAAAAUGUUGCAAAAGUAAUAUUAU